UCGAAGCGACAGCAUCUACAAUGUCCUGGUUCAGGAACUUGUGGUGUUUUAGCGUCCCGGCCGACGACGCCGAUGAGCCACUGAGACCCAGACCUGAGAGGAGGGCGAGAAGGAGGAGAUGGUGGAGAUGGUGGAGACGCAACAGGAGAGAGCGGCAGGAGGAGACGAACGUGGAGGAACAUCAGAGUAUGGGAAAUGAAGAGAACCCAGGAACAAGUACACAGGUUCUGCCGUACCAAGGGCAGGAACUGGAAAUACAAGCGGUUCUGGAUAAUUACAUCCAGGAAUUGGAGCUGCAGGGGGUUCGGAUGAACCGAGCCCAGGUCCUGGAAGAGCAGAUGUUUCUAUUGAACCGAGCCCAGGUCCUGGAUGAACAGGUGGUUCUGAUGGACCAAGCCCAGGUCCUGGAGGAUCAGGUGGAUCAAAUUGACCAAGCCCAGGUCCCGGAUGAGCAGGUGGUUCUGAUGGACCAAGCCCAGGUCCUGGAGGAUCUGGUGGAUCAAAUUGACCAAGGGCAGCAUUUAGAAGAGCAAGAUCAGGUGGAAAUUGACCCAGUGCAUAAAAUGGAUGAGCUGCUUGUUCAGCUGAGGCAGGUUCAUGAACGCAUUGCGCAUCUGGUUCUGGGGAAACAAGCAGAAGAACUGGAGGAGCCGGUGGUUCUGAAGAACCAAGAGAAGGAACAGAAGGAGACGGUGGUUCUGGAGAAGAACCCAAAGGAGCAGGUGGUUCUGGAGAAGAACCCAAAGGAGCAGGUGGUUCUGGAAAGCCGAGUGAAGGAACCAAAAGAGCUUGGGGUUUUAAUGGACCAGCUUCAUAAAAUGGAGGAGCAGGUAAGUGUGCUGGACCAAGUGCAGGACCUGAUAGAUGAUGUGAUUCUGAAAAAACAGAAGCAGGAUGUUCUUAUGGACCAGCUGCAUAAACUGGAGGAGCAGCUGGUCCUGGAGGUGGAGAGCAGGAAUCUAGAGGAGGUAGCCACACCAGACAUGACAAGAAAAGUGAACUGGGUGGCUGAGGAAGAGAUGAACCUGGAUGAGGAAAACUCAGAGGAACAGCUGGUCCUGGAGGUGGAGAGCAUGAAUCUGGAGGAGGUAGCCACACCACAUAUAACAAGGAAAGUGAACUGGGUGGUUGUGGAGAACCAAGAGGAAGAGAACCCAGAGGAGCAGAUUUCAAUUACAGAAGGGAUUGAAGCAGAUCCACUUCAGGCUGAUGUUCUGGAGAACGUCUUCGGCUCUUCACCUGAUGAAGUGGUGCAGCAGCAGAACGUCGAGCACGUUCUGAUUGCUCCACCUUCAUGAACCAACUAAAUAGUGUGUGAGACUGAUGGACCCACGGUGGAGAAUCACGGUGCCCUCAAUCUCCAUGAUGAAGCUGAAGAGGAUGAGCUCUGCAUGCAUCGUUUCUCCUGAUCAUCUGGAGAUCCUGGAGGAGCGGAAUGAAGAACCACCAGACAACACGACAAGCUCCAGAAACGUUCCAUCAUCUAAAUCAAAAUAAAGUUUAACUUUAAAAAUAAA